AGGGUCCUCAAUCUAAGAGAAAGGAGCACACCUUGGUCAUAACAGACCUUUUGUGGAAAGAACCUUCUCGCUACGCUAGUUUGAAGAAGGUUCGUACCUCUGUGGAACGCCAACGAGUCCACCUGAUUGAAGCCUCUUCUUCCUUCCUCCUCCUUACUCAAGGGCCCUAUUGGGGCCUUUCAUACUUUCUGUCUCGGUCCCGUGGCAAUGUCAAAACAUCACAGUUGUUGUUCAAGGAAGACUCGGAAAAGGUGCGAAAACAAAAUCUUCACUCAGGCCUUCUUCUCGUUCCUUCGUGUUCCUUCGCGUUCCUUCUUCACGGAGCGCCGUCAUAAUUCUUUCGAGAGACUCGUCGUGCGAAUCGAAAGUUUCCUUGUUGCCAAACCAAAGGCGGGUGGGUGUCUUUGUCUGAGUUCCGUGGUGGGACCGUACAAUGCCGUUAACGAUCAGCUGUAUUGAUUGGAUCCUUCAACACCUUGAGUCGUGCUGUUAUCAUCGUUCAAUAUGUCUUCGUAUCGCUCAAAUCUGCUAUUACGACUCAAAGAGAUCCAGGAGGGCUAUGAUGGAAUGACAGAGAUUGUUCCUGGGUUGUACGUGGGCAGUUUUCGUGAUUCCAAAGAUCUGCGUCAGUUGGACAUCCGAAAGAUCACGCACAUUCUCUCCAUUUGUGACGAUGCUCGAAAGAUUUUCAAGGAUAAGAAAUACUUGAUCAUAGGGGCUGCAGACUCUCCGAAACAAGAUCUGGCCCAAUAUUUUCCACUGUGCAACGACUUUAUCCAUCCAGCACGAAUCCGAGGUGGCCAUGUCCUGAUCCAUUGCUUGGCCGGGAUCUCGAGGUCUGUUACUGUGGCUGCGGCUUAUCUCCUUUCAACGGUUCAAACCCUCAAUCAUCAAGAAGCUUUGCAAGCGGUUAGAGCAGCCAGGAUUGUGGCCAGCCCAAAUAUUGGGUUCCAGAAGCAAUUGGCAGAUUUUGAGCACCAUGGCUUGGACUGCGAAAGACAACGCCUUGCGGAAAAAUUCCGACCUCGGACGGCCGUCAUUCGUCCCUCUACCACGGCUGCAUUUUCCCCCCACGCUCAAACUGGUGCACAACUUGCCGCCAAUUCAGGGGCAGGCAGUUGUGGGAGUGGCGUGCCUGGGGUGGGCCUGGUGGUGGCUGGCCGUCUGAGUGUUCGCACUGAGACCAGCUCCUCGCCGGAAACGGAUAAUCUGACUUUAGGAGACGCGGAAAGAUGCCGGAGUCUAUUGGAGACCUACCGAAGAAAGGUUUCGGACGGAGAGAUUUGCGGAGGAGAUUGCGCAGAUGGGGGAAUAUCCUGCCCUUCCGGAGUUUGUCGGGCGCAUAACAGAUCCUACGCGCCUUCGUUCUUGAGACGUGGGUCAACCAACCACAGACGGGGACUCUCGUUGGGUAAAUUAUCUUGUAAUAUGUGGUCCAUUUUGCCACAAGACCAAAUCCGAUCCCUGCCUCGGAGAUCCCAUUCAGACAAAGAUCUUCAUCGACCUGCACCCGAGGCCCAGAGCAUCCCUCGAUCGCCCUUCCGACAUCGAUUGAAUAAGACCACUUCGGACCUUAAUAUGAGCGUGGCGUUUCCCCAUCAUCCGGAGCAAUAUAACCCCUCUACGUUAUGUACUGAUCCUGAAUCUGGCCUGUCUACGUCAAGGUCGCUCAAGAGCUCUCCCACGCAUCGUUUGCAGGGUUUUCCCCAGCCCUCAAUGACCAGGGAGAAUCCUUCUAUAACCAACCCUAAGGGAUCGUCAGUCCCUUCGCCGAACUUGCACUUCUUCAGCCGAAGAAAGACUCAAAGCUUGACCAAGAUCGACAUGACCCGUCUCGCUCCUUCGCGGUAUUGGCAUUUGAACGCCAUGCACAGUAACCAUGUCAUUCCACGAGAUACCAAUUCCAAUUGUCUCAAUCCCCCGGUGUUUGUCCACCACGAGCACUUUCGACCAACGUGAAAUUGUGAUCAUUUUAGAUGAGACAUGUCAAAUAUUUAGCACAUGCUUCGCCAAUUUCAAAUGUUUUCAAACUACGUAGAACCCGACCAAAUUCUUCCUGCUGAUGCUAAGCAACGAGUGCAAUAACCCAAAGAAUAUCAUGAAUUUAUUGCAUAUCCGUAUAGAUGUAAUGAUGAGUUCAAAUACAUAUUUUGAGCACG